CCUUAAAACCUUCCAACCAACUCUCUCGGACUCUAUCUCUCAUGCCUUCUCCGACCAGAUUCAUGCCACCGGUGGCCCCACCGCCGGAACCCGUCGCCGUAGAUUCUGACGUCGUCGUCAUCCUCGCAGCCCUCCUCUGCGCCUUAAUCUGCGUCAUCGGCCUGGCGCUCGUAGCCCGUUGCGCCUGGAUCCGCCGGAGCUCCGCCACUCCGCCCCAGAUCCCGGCGAACAAGGGCCUGAAGAAGAAGAUCCUCCGGUCGCUCCCGAAGCUCUCCUUUGACGGUGCUGUCAAUGGUAAGCUCGCCGACUGCGCAAUCUGCCUGACGGAGUUCGCCGACGGCGACGAGAUCCGGGUGCUGCCUCAGUGCGGCCACGGAUUCCACGUCGGAUGCGUCGACAUGUGGCUCGGGUCCCACUCGUCGUGCCCGUCGUGCCGUCAGAUCCUGGUGGUGGCCAGGUGUCAGAAGUGCGGCGGGUUUCCGGCGACCGAAGCUGAGGUGAAAGCUAGGGAAGAUGAUGCGAAUAGGUUCUUGCCCUAGAACAAGGUGGGCCCCACACCUACGCGCACUCACUCUCUCUCUCUCUCUCUCUCUCUCUCUCUCCUGUAAAAACUGUAAUUUUUACCUUUCUUUUAAUAUGUAAAGAAAUGAUUUUAUGUAGCUUUCCGUGGAGUGAAAAAUAGAUGCUUUCUUUUUA